GAUGAUGAAGAUGAAGAAGAAGAUCCUACGCCCGUACCUGCAUCACCUCCUUCAACACCACCCAUGUGUAUGAAACAACGACGAAAAUCAUCGAAUUCAUCAUCAUCAAACAAAAGACGGAAAUGUACGCCACAUCGAUCACCUUCUGCAACAUCGACUGAUUUAAUAUUCAAAUGGCCUUCCACUACUGAUCAAAUCAUACAAUUACAUAGAACCGCUCCUUUCUUUCAAUCUCUAACGUUUAUGCAAUCACAAAAACAACAACAUCAGCAAUCACCAUGGAUUGUUUAUUUACGUCAUCGAGUUUCCAAUAACAACAACAACUUGUCACCAUCGAAGGAUCAACACAUGAAAAAACGCAUAUCUUCUGAUCAUCAUUUACCAAUUGUCGCAAACGAAUUGUCAUCAUCAUCAACGGCUUUAUCUUCAUCAACCUCAUCGUCAUUACUCCCAAUAUCAUCAUCAUCAUCAUCAUCAUCAUCAUUAUCGCCAUCAUCAUCAUCUAAAAGAACACAGCAACCUGAACAUCUACCUACGGUAACAUCUAGUCCAUUCACGUCGGGGCGUCCUGUCCGAACAAAAGGUCCUUGUCAAGCAUGCCACCAAAGUGCCGAAGCAUGUAUGCGAAAAGCAUUUGACUGGCCCUUUCCAUCAGAUGAUAUCUAUUAUGACAAAGGACGAUCUUUUGUUUAUCUGUGCAACAAAUGUGGACUUCGAUAUAACAAAAGUGGAGGUAGUGUAUGCCGACAUUGUCGAUGGGUAUUGUGCAAGGAAGAAAAACGCAAAGUGAUUCAACUGGUGGAUGGAAUGCGGGCGUCAAGACCGAAUGGCAAAUUAUCAUUGGAUGAAGAUAUCACUUCGUUCGUUUGUAAUCCUAAAUAUUGGCAAUGUGGUCAACCUUGGAAAGUACGUUGGGUCCUGAAUGAUACCUCGAUGGAUGCUUGAUGAUCUAUUGGAAUAUCCUUUCCUUUUUUC